CUGGUUGCCAGAUUUGGAAAAUGACCCGCUUUAAAUCAACAAAAACCUAUCGGACGAUUUGGAAAUGCAACGAACGAGCUCAUACGCGUUUUAUCAUCGUAUUAAUAUUACAAAGCAAAUGUAUUAUAAUAUAAAUAUUGCGCAUUUCAUGCCCAAAGUAACUGCGUCCUUCAUAUGAUGAAAAGCAUUGAAAAGGGAAGAAGGUUCAAAAGAAAAAAAAGAAAAAUGAACCGUAAAAAAAUGUACAUUUAUAUGUAAAUCGUAUAUUCUCUCUUCGAGUUGUCCACGUUUACAAUGUCGAAAAGGAGACGUUCUUCCGGUGGGGUGAACGCCACGGAUCUGGCAACCCAGCCGCAUUCAAUCUGUGUCAAUUGGCGGUGCGAACGAAGAAAGGCCCCAGAGUCCCUCUUCACAAGCGUGGCGUGAUUUUAACCUGCGUGGAGACGCUCCUCGACGCCACGGACGGGUUGUUUCUCUUUUGAAACAGGGCAACUGCUGCGCUUUUGGUCUGUUUAGUCGACGUUGGAGUGACAGGUGUCGAACGGUAGCGAGGAUGAAGCCCGCCGUCUCGAUGCAAAAGACGCACAAGGGAGGCUUUUGUCUUUGGUUUCGUCCUUUUUUGUCCCUGUAACGCCCCCCACCCCAGCCCCCCUCCCGCUCUGAAAGGACAACGCUACGGAACGUGAUGCUACAUCAUGACGAUAAUCCCAAUUGAUACUUAAUCCUCGUGCUAAUUGGCGAAUGGCUGCAGAAUUGUGUGAUGCCCCAUGUUCAGUAAACGCCGCAUCGUGAUUGACAGGAGUUGUUUUUUUUGAAGACACAAAUCGAUGAAAGAUGGUUUUUAGGAGCGAGGAGAUGUGCCUGGCCCAGUUGUUCCUACAGUCCGGUUCGGAGUACGACUGCAUCAGUGAGCUCGGUGAACUGGGCCUCGUUGAGUUCCGAGAUACUGUGUAGGAUAAGAAAUAAACACCAAUCCAUCCAUGUUCUGUACCGCUUAUCAUCACACUGGUCAUGGGAUAUAACAAUCGAACGCUUAAUCCAAGCGUCAGCUCCUUCCAGCGGCGCUUCGUCAGCGAGAUCAAGAGAUGCGAGGAGAUGGAGAGGAUUCUGGGUUAUCUUCUGAGGGAGAUCCAAAAGGCAAAGAUUGCCGUUCCUGAGGAUGAUGAGAGCCCACUUGCGCCUCCACCUAGACAAGUGCUGGAGAUCAUGGAGCAGCUUCAGAGGCUGGAGAUGGAGCUCAGUGAAGUGGCAAGGAACAAAGAGAAGCUACGCAGGAACCUGCUGGAGCUGAUCGAGUACACGCACAUGCUGAAGAUCACCCGCACCUUCAUUCAUAGCCGCUCAAGACAUGAGGCUCUUGGUCCCCAGUACGAAGAAUUCCCCACCAUGGACACAGACUCUGUGUCGGGCUACACAGGCAUGCAAAGACUCGGAGCCAAGCUUGGAUUCAUCUCCGGCCUCAUCCAGCGGGUGAAAGUGGAGGCCUUCGAGCGCAUGCUGUGGAGGGUGUGCAAAGGCUACACCAUUCUUAGCUACGCAGAAGUGGGCGAGAACCUCGCUGAUCUCGACACGGGUGAAAUAAGCAAGAACGUUGUGUUCCUCAUCUCCUUCUGGGGGGACCAAAUUGGACAGAAGGUUCAAAAAAUCUGCGAUUGUUACCACUGCCAUCUCUACCCUCACCCCGAAAAUGACGAAGAGAGGGCAGACAUGUUGGACAACUUACGAACACGCAUCCAAGACCUGAACAACGUUUUGCAUCGCACAGAGGAGUACCUGAGGCAGGUGCUGCAGAGAGCUGCCGAGUCAGUGUACUCAUGGGUUGUGCAGGUGAAAAAGAUGAAGGCCAUCUACCACAUUCUCAACCUCUGCAGUUUUGACGUCACCAACAAGUGUUUGAUCGCUGAAGUGUGGUGCCCUGUCAGUGACCUGGCCAACCUGCGAGGGGCGCUAGAGGAAGGCUCGCGAAAAGGUGACGCAACCGUUCCGUCAUUUGUGAACCGCAUCCCCAGCGCCGACACCCCUCCCACCUUAGUGCGAACCAACAAGUUCACACGAGGGUUUCAGAGCAUCGUGGAGGCUUACGGUGUGGGGGACUAUCGCGAGGUGAGCCCAGCACCCUACACCAUCAUCACGUUUCCCUUCCUGUUCGCCGUCAUGUUCGGCGACUUGGGCCAUGGCGCAGUGAUGAGCCUCUUUGCGCUCUGGAUGGUGCUGACGGAAAAAAAACACAAGAGGAAACGCUCCAGUAAUGAGAUAUGGGCGACCUUCUUCAAUGGGCGCUACAUCAUCCUGAUGAUGGGACUCUUCUCCAUCUACACGGGCCUCAUUUACAACGACUGCUUCUCCAAAUCGCUCAACAUAUUCGGCUCGGGCUGGAGCGUGAAAGCCAUGUUCACCAGGCAACAGUGGACGAAUGAAACUCUUCAAACAAACACUUUGCUCACAUUAGACCCCAACGUUAGCGGAGUUUUCAUGGGCCCUUACCCAUUUGGUAUCGAUCCUAUAUGGAGCAUGGCUGUUAACCGGCUGUCCUUCCUCAAUUCGUACAAAAUGAAGAUGUCCGUGGUCAUUGGGGUCAUCCACAUGAGCUUUGGUGUGGUACUGAGUGUCUUCAAUCACUUGCACUUCCAGCAGAAGUAUGAUGUCUAUCUGUUGUUUCUCCCUGAGAUUCUCUUCCUGCUCUGUCUCUUCGGGUACCUGAUCUUUAUGAUCGUUUACAAGUGGUUGGCUUUCUCGGCGCGGGACUCCAGCCAGGCGCCCAGCAUCCUCAUCCACUUCAUUGGCAUGUUUGUCAUGCAGGGCAAGGACGUCGCUCCCCUGUAUCCGGGACAGGCGGGGCUGCAGAUUUUCCUACUUGCGAUGGCCAUGCUCUCCGCUCCUGUGCUGCUUCUCGGAAAACCUCUCUUUCUAUAUUGGAUGCACCGCGGAGGCAAAGGUCUACGCAGGCGCAGAGGUUAUGAGAGGGUGAGGCACGCCAGCGAGGAUGACAGUUCUGCAGCGCCAGCUUAUGAGGAUGAUGAAGAGGAGGUUCUAGAUGAGAUCACCCGCAGGGACUUUUGUCCUCGAGAGUUUGACUUUGGAGACGUGCUGCUGCAUCAGGCCAUCCACACCAUCGAGUACUGCUUGGGCUGCAUCUCCAACACGGCUUCGUAUCUGCGACUCUGGGCUCUCAGCUUGGCUCAUGCGCAGCUGUCGGAGGUGUUGUGGGAUAUGGUGAUGCGCCUGGGCCUGAGGAUCACAACAAGAGUGGGGGUGGCGCUUUUAGUCCCUGUGUUUGGGGUCUUCGCGUUGCUCACUGUUUCCAUCCUGCUGGUCAUGGAAGGUUUGUCGGCCUUCCUCCACGCUCUCCGCCUCCACUGGGUGGAGUUUCAGAACAAGUUCUACCACGGGACAGGUGUCAAGUUUGUACCUUUCGAUUUCUCGCUCCUGCCCUCGGUUUUCGAGCAAGACGGCCUCCUCUGAAGUGUUGAAUACAUGAGUGGAAAUCAAACCUUUUUAACCGGCAAGGAUGCUGCAUACACUGGGAACAUUCUCACUGUGAAAAUGACAAGGGACCCUCAAGACGAGUACAAUUCACUCGUCGGAACCUCUUUCCCCCCCCCCCCCACCCCCCACUGUAGUGAUUUGAAAACAAACAAACAAAAUCCUACCUGCUGUGCUGACUGCCUUACUUCUCCACCCAGCAAACAUCAGAGGUUCUACAUUUGUCAAUGAUUUCAAAAUGCAACUGCAACUCUUCAAGGCACACAGGUGAUUUUAAAAUUUGCAUUGUGCUGUGCGAUUACUGCAUUUGAUUUAAAACUUUUAUACAGCACAAUGUACUGUUAGUAACCAUUUCUAGCAUCCUGACUUAGUGCCAUCAAGAUUUCCUUUUUUUUUUCCUGCUCCAAAUUUCAUUAGAAUAUUGAAAAUUUCUCAAGCAAAGAAGCACUUUUAUGAAAUGAUUGUACAUUUUUUUUCCCCUCUUCAUGAUUGUGACGAUGCCAAAUUCAAACCGCUUGCUGUUUGCUUAUUGUUCAUUUAUUUAAAUGUAACCUCUGUAAUAUGAAGAAAAAAAGAUGCAACCACUGCUUAUUGUAUUUCUUGAUAUGGUUAAUCAUGUUUUUUAUUUAAGCAACUCUCUGUAUAAGAGUGGUGAUAUUUUGCCAUUUCUAUCUGU